AUGGUAGUUCUUGAUUUAAUUAAAAAUGCUCCAAUUGGUUCUUCUAUAUUUAUUGAUAAUUAUUUUUCAUCAACUAAAUUGAUUAAAAUAUUAACUGAACUUGGAUAUAGAGUUGCUUGUACAUUAGGACCUAAUAGAAUACAAGGCUGUCCCAUAUCAACAGAGAAACAAUUUGAUCAAAAGAAAAGAGGUUAUUAUGAAUAUUUCAUAUCACACAAUAAUAAAUGCAUCGUAAUUGUCUGGAAAGAUUCAAAAAGAGUAUUAUUGGGUUCAAAUCACAUAGGUACAGAACCAGAAACACUAAUAAAACGUUGGGACAAGGAGAAACGCUGCACAGUUGAUAUUAAAGCACCACAAAUUAUCAAACAAUAUAAUAAAUUCAUGGGAGGAGUCGAUACAUUAGACAUGCUUGUAGCUUUACAUCGAAUUCCAUUCAAAUUUAAACGUUGGGAUACAAGAAUUAUAUGA